GCUCAUUUAUUUAUAAUCCAACCAUCAUCAAAACAACAUCGUGCUUCUAGGCUAUGAAUUAUAAGAGUAAAAGCAUCUAAAAAAUCCAUGUGAUGAAUCCAGUAAUAGUGAUAAGAGUGACUGUGAAUUGAAAUUAUCAAAUCAUGCAGUGCCCUAAUGCUCGCAGAUCAAAGUGGUGUGCAGUGAUGAAAAAUGUCUCAGCAUUGUAGCAUGCAAAUCACGAACGAGGAUAGAUACGUAACUGGAUAUUGACACUAUUCAAAUUGGCGAUAUUUGUAAGAAUAUAGCAAAAUACAGAAACUGAAAAUUAGGUAACGAGGAUAAUACACUUUUUUUGUAGUGAAGCAUUUUCACCUUAAAUCCGCACACAUUGAAGAAAGAAUGUCGUACCCUGUUCUUGAAACUAGAGACGACGUAUUGUCAAUUCUCAACCGUACUUAUGGUGAACACACAAAUCAAGAUCUAUACUCGUCACACUCCCUUUCGAGUCUUUCAAACGAAAAGGAUCUUUACGAUAACGUUACUUGGUAUGAUGCAAAUAGUAACCAUUCGGAUUCGCCUUUGCCUAUCGAUAUGCAAUUCAACGAUGGACACAAGCUACAGAUCAUCGUUUACAGUAUAUUGAUGGUCAUAUCCGCCAUAGGAAACAUAACAGUGCUGGCACUUCUUAUCAAACGGCGGCUCAAAUCACAUUCUCGAAUAGAUAUGAUGUUAACUCAUUUAGCCAUAGCGGAUCUAUUGGUAACAUUUUUAAUGAUGCCACUAGAGAUUGGGUGGGCGGCCACAGUCCAGUGGAGGGCAGGUGAUAUCAUGUGUCGUUUGAUGGCAUUUUUCCGCACGUUUGGAUUGCAUCUGUCAAGCUUCGUGCUGGUCUGCAUAUCUGUUGAUAGGUAUUAUGCUGUAUUGCAGCCACUAAAUCUAUCGAAAAAUAGAGGAAAAAUAAUGAUAUUUAUUGCAUGGACAAUGGCCGUUUUAUGCAGUGCACCACAGCCAUUCAUUUUUCACGUUGAAAUACAUCCAAACCACACAUGGUAUGAGCAAUGUGUGACGUACAAUACAUUCUCGAAUGACUACUACCAUACCGUCUACAAUAUUCUAGUGAUGAUGUUUAUGUAUGCACUGCCCUUGUUAACUAUCAUUUGUUCGUACGCAUCAAUCUAUAUGGAAAUCUUUAGACAUAGCAGAAUGCCGAACUCAGAAGGCUUUCGGCGAUCAAGCAUUGACGUUCUAGGGCGGGCCAAACGACGUACGUUGAAGAUGACCAUAACCAUAGUGAUGGCGUUUGUCAUUUGUUGGACACCGUAUUAUGUCAUGUCUAUAUGGUAUUGGCUAGACCAAAAGUCAGCAGAAAGUGUUGAUCAACGUGUACAAAAAGGAUUAUUUCUGUUUGCCUGCACGAAUAGUUGCAUGAAUCCAAUCGUAUAUGGCAUAUACAAUGUGAAGUUGAGGAAGAAGAAAAAAACACAUUCACGCAUUCAAAUGGUCAAGCUAGAGAUCAUUCACAGAAGAAAUAGCGGCAUCCAGAACAUGGAUGGUGUUAAGUCAGGCCAAACUUCCGUUAUACUAAGAAAUUCGGCAAAAUAUACGAGGCACUCAGAAUCCAUCCGAUCAUCAUCAGGUAAAAUCCGUUGCAGCGGAGAUCUUGAUAUAAAAUCAUGUUCAAUAAAACUAGUUUAAAGUCCUGACAUGAAAAGGCAAAGCAGUUUAUCAGUAAAGCGAAGCAUCUGUUGAGAAUAUGUUCACUUAUUGUAACUACAGAAUUAGUCCUAAACAGUAGCAACAUAACCAACAAUUAGAAAAUGUAUUCUAUACUGCCGUUAUCUGAGAAAGUGUCGUAUGUGUCAUUUUAUAAUAAUGGUGUAGCGAGUAGUACUCAUCGAAAACGUUAAUUUGGCGUACAUCUCGCUUUGGUUGAUAAGUUUCGUUGUGUUUCGUUGGUUACAGCACGAAAGCACAAAUAUAAACGCAGAAUAGAAGAUUUCAUCCCCGAAUGAGUUGCAAAGUGCUCAUUUGCUCAUUUUGCACUUGCUCAUUAGUAAGGAUUUUGUACAAAGAUUUUUAAAUGUAAUGUAGAAAUCUCACAUUCUAUUUUCUCAAACAAACAUUUUAUUCCCUCAUUUAAGCAACAAUGCAUCAACAUGACAGAAACGAUAGAUGACGUCUUCCAGCGUCUCUAAUUAUUCCAAAAACAAAAGUGACCUAAUAUUAACUAACUGAAUCUGCCACCUCUGUGAUAGUAUCAUUCCAAAAUAUCUUUAUCAAUUGAACAUUGGAAAAAUAUGCAGGAUUGCAAACAUUGCUCGCAAUUAAUUAUGGACGACGACUAACUAGAGACAUAAACCUCUCUCAAUCAUCACAAGCUAUGAGCACAAGUUCAUCGCAUCCUAAUAUAAGUUUAAAAAAAAAGAUAAUUGGAAAAGCAGCAGCUAUAAUGAAACAAAUUGCAUGGUUUUUUCACACAGUUGUAAUAAUGAAACCGGGUAAAAUGCACCAUGUCUCGACGUAGCUGUCUCGUUUAAGCCUUGUUUAAGACAAAAUGUGAACAGAUUGUAAUAAGAAUAAAAAUCCUGAUUAAUCCACCUAACGGUGUUGAUGCCCUUCCAUAUACAUAUACAUAUACAUAUACAUAUGAGUGAGUGUUUUUUGCGUGUUUUGGUAUAAUAAUAUUAUUUUGGGCAUAGCUUCUGAUCCUAUACACCGGUUCUUUUUUUAAACUGAUGGGUUUUAGUCGAUUGAGACCUUUAGCGUCAAUGAAACUAACCCAUGAAAAGAUUCACAAAAAAUCAAAGAAAGUUCAGGUGGUAUAUGAAAAACUGUGAAAGUUCAGGUAAAGCGAGAAGUUAAUGAAUACCACCAGUUUAAAAAUAUAUUGGGUGUGAUCCAAUCGGGCCAAUUUUUAAUAGCAAACAAUGAGACAGGAUUCCCCGGCCAAAGGAACUUGUUACAAGUAAUUCGGCCAAUGCAAAGUUCCAAAAAAAUUGAUCUACAAAAUUUUGUAAACAUACACACAUAAACACACAUACAUACACACAAAACUACAAUUACCUCAAUUCCACGAGCUGAGUCGAUUGGUACGGAUCUCCGAGCCUUUUAUCAAAAGUUUUGUUUUUCAGUGAUCAUAUUGCUCAUUUUAUAUUGAUCAUUUACGUAUACUUAGUAUACGAGAAAGGCAAAAAAUAAGAUGUAGUCAUUUCAAUUCUGCACAGUUUUCACUUCAAAUGACUUCAUUCCUUAUCGAUGCUUCGAUAUCUUGAAAAUGCUGUAGUAUUUGUUUCACCUUCGCACCCUUCCAGUGGUUCCCAAAAUUCGUUUUUGUUCCACUCCCUGUCGUGUGAAGAGUAAACAGAACACAGAAUAUAUCACUGAUACAUUUGAAAUUAUGUCACAAUCAUCUGAAUCAUUUUAAAAGUAGGGGAAGGUGGUCGGUUGUCGGUAUCCUUUUGUUUUUGGUCCAUAGCUUUCGUCCAAUUUAAUGACAUUUUUGUGAUUGGCAAUGUGUAGGAUAAUGUGUGAUAAUGACAAUGUGAUUUUUCGUUGAAUUAUUCAGGAUUUUUUGAUACAUGUGGCAAAGACUUUGGUGGUAAAUGGAAGUCACACGUUAGGACGUUAGGCAUAAGUACGUUUGGUAUAAUGGACGUUAGGCAUAAUGUACGUUAGGCAUAAUGGACGUUUGGCAUAAUUCUGCCUUCUUUAUGUCAUAGGCUGUUCUUUGGAUCAUUUUAUGCCUAACGUCCAUUAUGCCUAACGUCCAUUCUGCCUAACGUACAUUAUGCCUAACAUCCGUUAUGCCUAACGUACUUAUGCCAAACGGGGUAUGCCCAAGCUGCCCUCACUAUGUGGUAUGACAUGUUUCACUGUCUAUUUUGAAAUGUGUAGCAAUGUCGUCGACAUCUUGUGCUGAUUCCGCGCUAGCAUCAUGAAAAAAACUGCGCGCUAGUGUAGUUUUGUUUGCAAAAUUAUAUUAGCACCAUCGCGUUGUCAAGAUGCGCUUUUAAGUUGCAAUGUCGACACUGGAGGCCUAUUUCUGAAAAAGGGACAAGGGACUUAUUUUGGGUAGAUACAUACAUGUUAUUAAAGAUAUAAUAAUAACAUUAAUCAUCAGGGGAAACACCCCCAUAAAGAAGCGACGCAUUUACCAUUGCAUUAUUCCGAGCAAAUGCAUUCUUUUUAAAGAAGAAAUCACAUUCCCACUCACUCAUUCCGGAAAAACGCAUUAUUUUUGUAUAAAAGGAUUCUCAUCCACCAUUGCCUUAUACUUCUUAAGAAGGUAUUUACAGGACAGGAGUUUGAUUUCGAAGAUACAAAAAAACAUUUCAAGAAAAAUUAUUUAGCUCUUUUUUAAUGGAAUAUUUUCACUGUCAUAAGACGACUUUAGCACAAUUCCAUUUAAUUCCACCACCUCGUAUAACUUUACAUAUACUCAUUUCGACCUCAACUGUAAAGGUCGUCUUCAGUGUCUCGUACUUGACUCGACUUGUCGACUUAGUCGAGUCAAGUACGAGACACUGAAGACGGCUUUACAGCUGGAAUACGUAUAUGUAAAAGUAUUACGAGCUGGUGGAAUUAAAUGGAAUUGUGCUAAACUCGUCUUAUAAAGGUAAACAAUAUUCACCAAAACGCUUUCAAUCGGAAAUUGCCGUUUGCGAUUCUGCUUUUUAAAAAAAUACAGCCGUUGUUCGAUUAUUUUAGUUAAAAAAGCAUCUUGUAAAUAACUGUAUUCUGAUAUCUUUAUAACUGGAGGAUUAAGAAUAUCUUAUAUUACCAAAGGAUAUUGAGCUGAUAAUGUCCAAUAAGACACUCUUGAACGUAUCUUCAAACGCUGCUUUUUUUCGGGCGCAUACAGUCGAUUACAAAGAUGUGUUUGCAAGAGGUACUAUACUUUCGUGGAAUUGUUCUAUUCGGGGAAAUGUUACAUUCGGGGAAUUGGUUUUCGGAGAAUUGUCGUACAAUCCAAGAUUUGCACUCAAACUCAUAUUGACGAUUAUUAUUAUUAACGUUUGCCCUGAAGUACCUUCAGUAGAGAUUUUCAAAUACUCGCUGUUUUGCAAGCUGUUUGUCCGUCGAUUGUUCAUUAUUUGAAGGAAAUCGGAUCUUUAUCACUGUACGUACUGUAUGUAGGAAUUGAGGCAUGAGAACUUUCAUUUUAGCAUUCUUCGUGCUCCUCGUUAUUGAAUAAAUUGUUCUGCACAUAUCAAGAUCUCUGAGUAACGAAACUAUGUUUUAAGAAAUCAUGUUAAUGAAAGCAGAUGUUUCAAGUGUGGUUUUAGAUUAGUUGGACGGAUGGAUGCUGAUAUUGUUAAUUUUACGAAGAAAUGAUGGAUCGGGAAUUAUGUGAGAAUCACGAAAGGAAAGGCACAGGUUGUUUAUUAGGAGAUUUGUGAAAAACAAAUAAAAACCAAGUAUCAAGAAAUGUCACACAAAAUGUAUUCACAGUAAUUUCAAUAAAAUAAAUGAAGCUCAA